UGGUAACAAACACAAAAUAGACAAAACGUGGGUAUAUGCAAUUUAUACUUAUUUUCCACUAUAAAUAUACAAAACUAGGGUUUCCUACCGUGAACCUUGCGGCCGCACUCUCUCCGCGACUCUCAAUCAUGGCUGAAACCGUCCCUGCUGUCGUCGCCGCCGAAGUUGAUCCCAAUCUUAUCGAGGUCAAGCUCUUCAACAAAUGGAGCUUCGAGGAUGUUCAGGUUAGUGAUACUUCUCUUGAGGACUACAUUGGAGUGUUGGCGUCGAAGCACGCAACAUAUGUUCCUCACACUGCUGGGAGGUACUCGAAGAAGAGAUUCAGAAAGGCUCAGUGUCCCAUCAUUGAGAGGCUGACAAACUCUCUCAUGAUGCACGGGAGAAACAAUGGAAAGAAACUCAUGGCUGUUAAGAUUAUUAAGCAUGCUAUGGAGAUCAUUCACUUGCUAACUGACCAGAACCCAAUUCAAGUUAUUGUUGAUGCUGUUGUCAACAGUGGUCCCAGAGAAGAUGCAACUAGAAUUGGAUCUGCUGGAGUUGUUAGGAGGCAAGCUGUGGAUAUCUCACCCCUCCGCAGGGUUAACCAGGCCAUCUAUCUUCUAACAACCGGUGCCCGUGAAGCUGCAUUCAGGAACAUCAAGACAGUUGCCGAAUGCUUAGCUGAUGAACUUAUUAAUGCUGCUAAAGGUUCUUCCAACAGCUAUGCAAUCAAGAAAAAGGAUGAGAUAGAGAGAGUUGCCAAGGCAAAUCGUUAAGCAACAUUUGGAAGUAGUAGUGAUGAGGAAUAUUUUAUAUUGGUCUUUGUGUUACAUUUAAGUAUGAAGAAACUAACAAUUUUAGCAUUCUUUUAUCUCACGUUACUUUGUUACUAUCUCAUUUUGUUACUGGUUAGUGACUUAAAAUAAAAUAAUAAACAAAUAUUAAUAUAUUAA